AUGGCCACACAUAGUCUCUCCACUCUGAUACUUGUGGUGGUCUUCACUGUCACUGCAGCUGAUGCUGAAGUGGACACAGAGGCUCUGUCCUGUCCAGAGCAGCAGCAGGCCUUUGAGGGCUCCUGCUUUGAGUUCGUAGCUCUGCAGCGCAGCUUCCUCAGUGCACAGGGCUGGUGUGAGCGCGGCGGUGGACACCUGGCCUUCAUCCAGAACGAUGAGACUCAGCACUUUCUCCAGAAACAUCUGCAACCGGAGCUGGACUGGUGGCUGGGGCUGGCGCCGGCCUCCCUCAGCCUCAGCCUGGACUCCGCUGUGGGUCCCUUGUCUUGGCUGGAUGGCUCUAAUGUGAGCUACUCUAACUGGCUCGGUGAGCCCGUCCCGGGUGCAGGCUGUGGUUACAUCUCAAAAGACUCUGGAUUUCGAUGGGGAACAAGCAGUAACUGCAGCCAGGAGUUCCACUUUAUCUGCCAGUUUGAGUCUGGACAUUCUCUUGCCUGUGCUGACCACAAGGCCGUGCUACAGUGUGGAUCUGGUCAGGUGAUUGAAGUUGGCAACAGUUUUUCCGGCAGGAAGACGCCGCAUUACUGCAGAACCAGCCGUUCUCCCUCCGACACAUCCUUACUGGAGAAGUGCGGCUGGGUGGACGUAGUGGAUGUAGUAUCAGAGUUCUGCAAUGGGCAGCAAUUUUGUGAAGUGGCUGCAGACGUAAUGUCCUUUGGAGAGUCCUGCCCAGGACUGGGGAAUUACCUGUCAAUAAAGUAUCUCUGCAAAGACGGUUCAAAAGAUGGGAAGUCUGGUUAUGGUUACUUCACCAUUCCAUUGUUUGACGUUUCAGCAACCCUAUUGCCAACUGUCUCUCCCUCUAACCAGAACAACACCCACACUACCAUCUCCCAUUCUACCCCAAACAGUACCUUCCCCUCAGUCCCCCUCCCUUGUCAAACCACUUCUACUGCACAACUCUACUACCCGCCCACCUGCACCAUUGACCCACCCAUUGGAGAUGUCCUCUCUCCUUUCAAUAUAACCUGCACCACAGUCGAACCUUUCUGCUGCUCUGGACCCUGCUCCUUCUGCCUGACCACUGUUGAUGGGAAUUAUUUGUAUUGUGGCAGUGAUCUGGGGAUGAGAUCACUGUUCCUUCCUAUUGGGGAUAAAAAUCAUCAUUACAGUCUUGGGCUGAAAGUCAUUGUUAAGAAUGUGGAUGGUCAUACAAUCAACACUACAUUGUUUACUCAGGUUAGAGACACCAGCUGUGACUCGACUAUUCAGGAUCUACAGACUCUUGUGUUACAUUAUGUGACUCAGCUGCAGCAGAAUGGGUUAUUCUCAGCCUCUAUAUUAGCACAGAUGUUUCAGUUUGUUUCCAGAAGGUUGAACAGAGGUUUGAAUAACAAGGAGGAGAAGAGUGCCAAGAAAAAGCUGCGGGAGGAGAUGUUGGCAGAUAUGUGUGCAGCUUUGACCACUGGAGAGCCGCUCAAGAUUCUUAAGGAAGUACACAUGACUGCUGAUGUUGUCUUGAGCCUUGUCACACAGGAGGAUGAGCUGACUUAUAAUGCUGAGUUGCAGGCAUGUUGUGUUCUCACCAGUGUUAGUAAGUCACUGAUCUCUAUGGCACCCACUGAAGGAGAUGUUACAGGACUGAUGCUGCAGGCGGCCACAACCAUUAUUCAGGCUUCCAGUAACAUCCUUAAAGUUUCUGCCAACAUAGAAAAACAGAGUGAGAUCUCCAGUCUACUACUCAACAUAACUGACCACGUACAGAGUGCCCUACUUGCUAAUAAAAAGCCAAACCAACAGCCAGCAUCCCUCACUUCCCCUCUGAUCAGUCUGUAUGUCAACAGGCUGUCACCAGAUAAGCUUCAGAAUCAGUUUUUCAGCUUUGAGAACAGAGACUCAGCCAGCUUCAUGCUCCCAUCUUUAGGUCCUGGAAUACUGCCUUCAGUGGAGCCAGUGGAUGUGCGGAUGCUGAGUUUUGGGAUCAACCCUUUCUCCUGGAGUAAAGGCGAUCCCAUAAGCGGAGCAGUGGGGGGUCUCUCCCUCACCAGAGAGAACGGCUCUGUCAUUCCAGUCACAAACCUCAGGGAGGAGAUUGAGGUUCUCCUACCACGGUCAGAAGCUGUGGAUCUAAACAGUACUUUCUUGGACCUCAGAAAGUACAGCACUCUGGCCAUCAACGUGACCACUCCAAACACAUCUCUGGUUCUGAAGUUGGAACCCUUAGAGAAGAUAUCGCUGCAGUUAUACUUGGGCUUCCAAUAUUACCCAAAUGACACUCAUUACAAGGCCAAAAUGCAGCUUCCUCAUCUGGAGAGCCCACCAGAGGAGAGGUACACAUGGGUGCUUGGCCCCAAGGACAUGGCAGUUGACGCAGGAGUUUACUAUCUUCUCGUGAGGCCUAGUGUAGGAGCUCCUGUGAAUUCCUCAAAUGCUUCUGUUUUCAUCAUGUCUUUUGCUGCUCAGUGCAAGUACUGGGACGAGACUAAAACAAACUGGAGCGACUGUGGCUGUAGGGUUGGCCCCCGCACCACACCAAUGUUCACCCAGUGUCUGUGCACCCACCUGACAUUUUUCGGGAGCUCUUUCUUUGUCAUGCCAAACAAGGUCGACGUGUCUCGCACUGCUGAGCUCUUCGCCACUUUCUCCCAAAAUCCUGUUGUGGUGUGUUUUGUUUGCGCCGUUUUCCUGGUGUACAUUUUAGCAGUGAUAUGGGCGCGAAGGAAGGACCUUAAGGACAAAGUGAAGGUAAAGGUGACAGUGCUGGAAGAUAAUGACCCACUGGCUGAUUAUCGGUACUUAUUGGUUAUCGGCACUGGGCAUCGCCGGGGAGCGUCCACUUCGUCUCAUGUUACAGUGACUCUAACAGGCUCAGUGUGGGAGAGUGAGCCUCAUCAUCUGACUGACCCAGACAAACCAGUGUUUGAGAGGGGAGGGGUGGACAUGUUCCUGCUGACCACUCCAGUCUCUCUGGGAGAGCUUCAGAGCAUCAGGCUGUGGCACGAUAACUCUGGAAAACAUCCUGCUUGGUAUGUUAAUAAAGUGAUGGUGCAGGACGUGGAGACUGGACAGAAGUGGCAUUUCUUGUGCAGCUCAUGGCUGGCCAUUGAUAUGGGAGAGGGCACCCUGGACAAAGUGUUUCCUGUAGCAACAGAUAAAGACUUAAAAGGGUUUAGCAAUCUGUUUUUCAUGAAGACCGCCAAAGAUUUCUGUGAUGGCCACAUCUGGUACUCCGUGGUCAGUCGGCCGGCCAGUAGUAACUUCACUCGAGUGCAACGUAUUUCCUGCUGUUUCUCCCUGCUGCUCUGCACCAUGCUGACCAGCAUCAUAUUCUGGGGUAUUCCCACUGACCCUUCUGAGCAGAGCAUGGAUGUAGGUAACAUCAAGUUCAGCUGGAAGCAGGUGAUGAUUGGCAUCCAGAGCUCCAUCAUCAUGUUCCCCGUUAACCUCUUAAUUGUAAGCAUCUUCAGAUUCACUCGUCCAAGGAAGAAGAUCCAAAAGGUAGAAGAGGAUCAGCUGCCCAAGUCUGGAUCUCCUCAGCAGGAGAAGAAUCAUAUUUCCCCACAGUGGUGCAAACAGACAGACAUUACUGUGGAAUACGUCAUCAAAGACAUAAAAAGAAUACUUCGCAUGCUCACUAAGGCCGUGAGGUGCCCCAUCCCAAUGACAACACUGGAAUCUGAUAGAACAGACGUCAACAGAUUAUUAUCUCAUGUGGAAGAUAUCAUUCGACAGCAGGACCUGCACACGGGCAGAUUUGGUUUUGAACACACUCAAAAGGAAUUCGUUUCAGUGUACAAGCUCUACCGUCAGCAUCUCUACAAGCAGCUCCAGAAUUUGGAAAAGGAGUUGAGGCUGCUGAGCCCUUCACAGUUCUCUAAGGCAGGGCGCUACAGUCAGGCCGUGCUGCAGGUUCAGAGAAUGAAGGGACUGUUAGAACCCCACCUUUCUAUCCAGGACCAUGUCACUUGCAUCUCCAGCCCAGGAGCAGGCCGCAGUGGAGGCAGGAAGAAGUGCUGUCAGAAAGGCCUGCCCUGGUGGUUUUUAUUUGUUGGCUGGUUUCUUGUGGCAGCCACAAGUGGAGUGUCUGCGUUCUUCACCAUGCUGUACGGGCUGACCUACGGAAAACAGCGUUCCAUUAGCUGGCUCAUUUCAAUGACGGUGUCUUUCUUUGAGAGUCUUCUUCUCACCCAGCCCAUAAAAGUGCUUGGAUUUGCAAUCUUCUUUGCUUUAGUGGUGAAGUCUGUUGAUAAUGGUGAUGAUGAUGAUGAAUAUAUUUACAUGGUCAGGAACCAGGUCCUUACUUACUCAGAUGAUCCUGAUGAUGUACGCAUUUCUAGAAGGGACAGCACAUGUAGCUUCUACCAGCCUCCUCCUCCUUCUGAUAUUGGGAAGAUGAAGGACAAAAUGAUCAAAGAUCAGAAAGCUUUUGCAUUAAUCAUGGAGAUUCUCAUUUAUGUAUUGUUCCUGUGCGUGUUACUCACGGCUGCAUAUGGUCAGCGGGACCCAAAUGCUUACUUCCUCACGCAACACAUUCAGCAAAGCUUCAGCAACGGCAUCUCAGACAGCAUGAGCCAUGAGGAUGUGUUUACUUGGGCAAAUUCUACCCUCCUCAAGAACAUCUUUGGACCUUGUUCAGGUUUCAUCACAGAUGGAAACUCAAAGCUCGUAGGAAACGCUCGUCUCCGGCAGGUUCGGGUACAGAAGGACUCCUGCAAGACAGCCAGUUCCAUGCGCCGCUCUGUUCCUGAUUGCCAUGCUCCGUACUCUUGGGAGGUGGAGGACGUGGGCUCCUACGGCCCAGGCUGGAACAGUUUGGUAGAUGGAAACACAUCUAAGACGCUGCUCACACCCUGGCAGUACCAAACCCAGUCUACACUCAGAGCACACCCGGUGUGGGGUGGUGUGGCUCUGUAUAGAGGUGGAGGCUUUGCAGUGGUCCUGGGCCCUGACCAGCAAAGUGCAAACAGUGUGCUACAGUACCUAUUUGACAACACGUGGCUGGACGUUUACACGCGGGCCUUAUUUGUCGAGUUCACUGUAUACAAUGCGAACGUCAACCUCUUCUGUAUUGUGACACUGAUGCUAGAAACGACUGCAGUGGGAGCAUUCCAGUAUCGCACUGAGCUGCAGAAUGUCCGACUUUUCCAAACCACAGAUGGCGUUCAUAUACUGGCCUCUGAGGCCAUUUAUUUCCUGUUCAUUCUCUAUUAUAUGUUUCUGCAGUGCAAGCUGAUGAAGCAGCAGAAAUGGGAGUACUUCAGGAAUAAGUGGAAUCUUCUAGAAUUGGCCAUCAUCCUUUUGAGCUGGAGUGCCUUUUCUGUGUUCAUCAAGAGGACGGUGCAGGGAAACCAGGAUCUGCAGUAUUAUCAUGACCACAAAAACCAGUUCCCGAGCUUCUACGAGACCGCCGCGGCAGAUUCAGCCCUGGGGUACAUCAUAGCGUUCCUGGUUCUGCUGGCCACCAUAAAAAUGUGGCACCUGAUGCGCCUCAACGCCAAACUGAACAUGAUCACCUCCACACUGCAGCGGGCAUGGACUGACAUCUCCAGCUUCAUUGUGGUCAUAAUCAUCAUGUUCCUGGCCUACUCCGUCGCUAGCAAUUUGCUGUUUGGUUGGAAGCUGUACACGUACAAGACGCUUGUAGACGCUGCUAUGGCCAUGGUCAGCUUACAGCUUGGCAUAUUCAAUUACGCUGAGGUUUUGGAUUUGAACCCAGUGCUUGGUGCAUUCAUCAUCGGUUCCUGCAUCAUCUUCAUGACGUUUGUGGUACUGAACCUCUUCAUUUCAGUCAUCCUCGAAGCGUUUAGCCAAGAGCAACGACACCACAAGCCCUCUGAAGAGGAGGAGAUUGUGGACCUGAUGUUUGUGAAGAUCUGCAGCUUUUUUGGAGUCAAGACUAAGAAGAAACAAUGAAAAAGAACCAUCAAAGACGCACCACCAUCUAGACUGGAUCAGUGCAGCUCCAGAUGAUGAAUAGCAUUUUCUUUUUCAUAGUCACAUUAAUAUUCAUUCUCAUUAUCAUAGUUCAAAACAACAAACUUAUAUGGGAAAAGUUUGCCUUUAAUUUCUACUAAUAAAAUACAGUCAGGAAGGGAGAGCAUACAGUUUAAUUAUGUGACAGGCUAACGACUGCUUUUUCAUGUUUAUCAGAAAUGUAUCUGUAUGCAAUGUUUCUGUAUGUAGUGAACAUGAAGUGUGUUUAUCCUCAUUAACAAUCAGAUAUGACUACAGUUGGACCUUGCUUUGGGCUUUAACGUUGAACAGAUGUAUUCUGCUGGUCUCUGAACAGCAUUACCAUAUAGACGCAAACAAGCAGUACAAGUGUCAGUAUCAGAAGACAUCCUUUAAACUGAAUCUCUUUGCUGCUUUUGUUUUUACUCAAAACGCAAAAUGAAAAGUCCUCGAUAUCAAAAAAGACAAGA